CCACCUGCCCGCGGACUGCGGGGUGCCCGAUCGAGAUGCGGCGCGGCGCCGUCUGGGCGCUGCUGCUGGCCGCGGCGCUGGGGCUCGGGGCGCGCGGGGCGCACGGGUCGGUGGCGCUCGCCAACUUCUACCCCUUCGGCGCGGCGCGUGGCGACGCCGUGACCCCGAAGCAGGACGACGGUGGCUCUGGGCUGCGGCCGCUCUCCGUGCCCUUCCCGUUCUUCGGCGCCGAGCACUCCGGCCUCUACGUGAACAAUAACGGGAUCAUCUCCUUCCUGAAGGAGGUUUCUCAGUUCACACCCGUGGCCUUCCCCAUCGCCAAGGACCGCUGCGUGGUGGCAGCCUUCUGGGCAGACGUGGACAACCGGCGUGCCGGUGACGUGUACUACCGGGAGGCCACAGACCCUGCCACUCUGCACAGAGCCACCGAGGAUGUCAGGCGCUACUUCCCUGAGCUCCUGGACUUCUCAGCCACUUGGGUUUUCAUUGCCACGUGGUACCGCGUGACCUUCUUUGGCGGCAGCACCUCCUCCCCAGUCAACACAUUCCAGACCAUACUCAUCACCAACGGCAAGGCCUCCUUCACCAUCUUCAACUACGAGUCUAUCACCUGGACCACGGGCAUGCAUGCCAGCAGUGGGGGUGACAGCACCGGCCUGGGGGGCAUCGCGGCCCAGGCAGGCUUCAACGCGGGUGAUGGGCGGCGUUACUUCAACAUCCCAGGCUCACGCACAGCAGACAUGGCCGAGCUGGAGGCCACCACCAAUGUGGGCGUGCCCGGGCGCUGGGCGUUCAGAAUCGAUGAUGCCCAGGUGCGCGUGGGGGGCUGCGGCCAUACAACCUCAGCGUGCCUGGCCCUGCGCCCGUGCCUCAACGGCGGCAAGUGCAUUGAUGACUGUGUCACCGGCAACCCCUCCUACACCUGCUCCUGCCUCGCAGGCUUCACGGGGCGGAGGUGCCAGCGGGACGUGAAUGAGUGCGCUUCACACCCGUGUCAGAACGGCGGGACCUGCACACACGGGGUCAACAGCUUCAGCUGCCAGUGCCCGACCGGCUUCGGGGGCCCCACCUGUGGGUCAGCCCAGUCCCCAUGCGAAGACAAACAGUGUCAAAACGGCGGCCAGUGCCAGGCCGAGAGCGGCUCUGCAGUGUGUGUGUGUCCGGCCGGGUACACAGGGACCACCUGCGAGACAGACGUGGACGAGUGCGGCUCUGGCCCGUGCCUAAACGGAGGCGCCUGUGUGGACCUGGUGGGGAGCUACAGCUGCGUGUGUGUGGAGCCCUUCGAGGGACCCCGCUGUGACUCAGGAAGCCCCCCAGUGCCCGAUGCCUGCCUCUCGGCCCCUUGCCAGAACGGGGGCACAUGUGUGGAUGCAGAUCAGGGCUUCGUGUGCGAGUGCCCAGAAGGCUUCAUGGGGCUGGACUGCAGGGAGAGAACCCACGACUGUGAGUGCCGCAAUGGAGGCAGGUGCCUGGGUGCCAACUCUACCCUCUGCCAGUGCCCCCCGGGCUUCUUCGGGCUCCUCUGUGAAUUUGGGGUCACAGCCACGCCUUGCAACAUGAACACCCAGUGCCCAGAUGGGGGCUACUGCAUGGAGUACGGUGGGAGCUACCUGUGCGUCUGCCACACGGAUCACAACAUCAGCCACUCCCUGCCAUCACCCUGCGACUCGGACCCUUGCUUCAACGGAGGCUCCUGUGACGCCCACGACGACUCCUACACGUGCGAGUGCCCGCGCGGGUUCCAGGGCAGGCACUGCGAGAAAGCCCGGCCACACCUGUGCAGCUCAGGGCCCUGCCGGAACGGGGGCACCUGCAAGGAGGCAGGUGGCGAGUACCACUGCAGCUGCCCCUACCGCUUCACUGGGAGGCGUUGUGAGAUCGGGAAGCCAGACUCCUGCGCCUCUGGCCCCUGUCACAACGGCGGCACCUGCUUCCACUACAUUGGCAAAUACAAGUGUGACUGUCCCCCAGGCUUCUCUGGACGGCACUGCGAGAGAGUCCCAUCCCCCUGCUUCCGGAGCCCAUGUUUGAAUGGGGGAACCUGUGAGGAUCUGGGCACAGAUUUCUCCUGUCGCUGCCAAGCAGGGUACACAGGACGCCGAUGCCAGGCAGAGGUGGACUGCGGCUGGCCUGAGGAGGUGAAACACGCUUCGAUGCGCUUCAAUGGGACUCGCAUGGGCUCUGUGGCCCUGUACACGUGUGAUGAUGGCUACAGCCUGAAUGCCCCCCGCCACUUCCGCAUCUGCCAGCCACAGGGUGUCUGGAGCCAGCCUCCUCAGUGCCUCGAAGCGGACGAAUGCCAGUCUCAGCCCUGCCUGAAUGGGGGCUCCUGCCAGAGCCACACCUCGGGGUACCACUGUCUCUGCAGUGCAGGGUACGAGGGAGCCCGCUGCGAGCUGGAAACAGAUGAGUGCCGGGCACAGCCCUGCAGAAACGGAAGCUCCUGCAGGGACCUCCCGGGGGCUUUCAUCUGCCAGUGCUCCGCAGGCUUCGUUGGAGUCCACUGUGAGACAGAGGUAGACGCUUGUGACUCCAGCCCCUGCCUGCAUGGAGGCCACUGCGAGAAUGGUGGCGGGGCCUACCUGUGUGUCUGCCCGGAAGGCUUCUUUGGCUAUCACUGUGAGACAGUGAGUGACCCCUGCUUCUCCAGCCCUUGUGGAGGCCGCGGCUACUGCUUAGCCAGCAACGGGUCCCACAGCUGCACCUGCAAAGUGGGCUACACGGGCAAGGACUGUGGCACAGAGAUCCUCCCACCAACGGCCCUCAGGGUGGACAGAGUGGAAGAGAGCGGGGUCUCCAUCUCCUGGGACCCCCCCGACAGCCCCACCGCCAGGCAGGUGCUGGAUGGCUACGCAGUCACCUAUGUCUCCUUCGACGGCUCCUACCGCCGCACAGACUUUGUGGAUAGGAGCCGCACCUCGCAUCAGCUGCGGGCCCUAGUGCCUGGCCGGGCCUACAACAUCUCUGUCUUCUCGGUCAAGCGCAACACCAACAACAAGAAUGACAUCAGUCGGCCAACAGCGCUGCUCACCCACACACGACCCCACCCUGUGGAAGACUUCGAGGUCACCAAUGUAACAGCCAACGCCAUCUCGGUGCACUGGGCUCUGCACAGGAUCCACCACACCACCGUCAGCAGGGUGCGCUUGUCCAUCCUCCACCCAGAGGCUCCUGAGGCCCAGGCCACCGACGUGGACAGGAGUGUGGACCAGCUCACAUUCGGGGCCCUGCUGCCAGGAAGGAGAUACACCAUGUGGGUGGCUGCCCUCAGUGGGCCGGGGGAAGCAGAGCGGCUCACCGAGAGCCGGGGCUCGGCACCGCUGCACGUGUGGACCCGGCCCCUGCCGCCUGCAAACCUGACUGCCGCCCGUGUCACAGCCAGCUCUGCCCACGUGGUCUGGGAUGCCCCCACACCAGGAGUGUUGCUGGAGGCUUACGUCAUCAACGUGACCACCAGCCAGAGCACCAAGAGCCGCUAUGUCCCCAAUGGGAAGCUGGUGUCCUACACAGUGCGCGACCUGCUGCCUGGGCAGCGGUACCAGCUCUCGGUGACAGCUGUGCAGGGCACAGAGCAGGGCCAGCUGCACAGUGAGCCUGCGCACCUCUACAUCAUCACGUCCCCCAGGGACGGCACCGACAGACGCUGGCACCAGGGAGGACGCCACCCCCGGGUGCUCAGGAACAGACCGCCCCCCGUGCGCCUGCCGGAGCUGCGCCUGCUCAGCGACCGCAGCAGCCCUGAGACCCUGACCCGGCCCCCCAGGUUCCUGGAGCUCGUGGAUGGAAGGGGACGAGUGAGCGCCAGGUUUGACGGCUCACCCAGCAAACCGAUCACCUCGAAACCACCUCUCCCAGAACCCACCAGCUUGCCACUGGAGAACACGGAGGCGGCCCUGGAGCAGGUCCACCUGGUCCUCCCGCUCCCUGAGCGCAGCGACAAGGACAGAGAAAGUGCCCUGGGAAGCUGCUCAGAAGAGGCCUGUCACAAUGGAGGCACCUGCGUGCCUGGCACCGACACCUACAGCUGUGACUGCAGGCCGGGGUUCAAAGGCAGGCGCUGCGAGCUUGCCUGUGAAAAGGUGCCUCGCCCCUGCACGAGGCUGUUCUCAGAGACGAAGUCCUUUCCAGUCUGGGAGGGAGGCGUCUGCCGCCGCGUGUAUAAAAGAGUCUACAAAACCCACCAAGAUGUCUGCUUCAAAGAGCGCUGUGAAAGCAUAACGCGAGAAACCCCUAACAGGAAAAAAAGCAACAGUCAAACACUGAAGAAACCUUAAGGUAUGUUACCCCACCAACCUGAGAGCUCUUGGCCAGAGGGAAAGGUGGGCUCACCUGCCCCAGGCCAAGCACUGCAGCUCCUCUUGGCUCUGCCACAGCAAGCAAGUAGGUGCUGCUGUUACAACCCUGAACAGAGGCUGUGGAAUCCUGACCCACACCUCCCAGCAGGCAUAACCUGGUCAGCCUUGGACAUAGUUGUCUUCAGGUGGAAAUAAGUCCCUCUCUCAAGGGGAAGGAGAGCAGCUACCAUGGGGCCCCUCAAGGAGGCUGGCAACCUCCCAGAAGACCACCUGGACCCCUGGAGGGAGACUGGAUCAGGUGGUGGGAGGGUGAGGGAGGCCAAGAACCCUAGGGGUGCCAGAAGAGCACCCUACUGCAAAUGGGAUUCUACUGGAAAGGAAAUGGGGUGGGGCCUUAGGGGUCCUGAAGACAGCGGAUGCUGUUAUUCUACAUAUCAUGAACCCUGAGAUCAAAGAAAUGCUACCUUUGUUUGAUCCAGCAUUUCCCAAACUCUUCUGGCAGAUAAACCCCUGUACCACCCUCACUUCACGCCCACAUGCUCUGCUAAUUCCUAAAGAACACUGGUAUUCACAAGAGUUUGGAAAAUCCUGGGUGGAACCACAGAAACCCACCUGCAGCCUGUAGUCUGCUCCACACUCAACUUCUCAGCCACACCAUGUCACUGGGAUGAAAGCCUGAUGGCCUCCAGCAGCUGCCUGUGCUGCCCCGGACAAGCUGGCCUUGCAGGGCAAGGGGUGCCUCUGUCAGGAGCCACCUUGGGCACAGUCUCCCUUCUCUCCCAUAGCCAAUGAGGUGAAGUGGAAAUGUCACUCAAAGGCCAUAGACCAGCCAGAAGCACAGGGGCUUCUGGGAUUGUCUCAUACCAAGGAGGGGUCCACAUCAAUGGGGGUGGGGGUGCAGCUCCACAGGCAUCAGAAGAACAAGCUCUCAGAGAAGGCCUAUGUGACAGAGUACCUAACCCAGCCAAACCGGUGCAGAUAUGAAGUCUGUCAAGAGCAACUGACAGCACUCAGUUCCUGUCCCCUCUCACUUCAGCCUCUAAAGACACACAAAGUACUCCAAGGUGUGCAAGCAAUUCAAUCCUGGUAGGGACCAAGAACUCACAAACAUCCUCAGGGCUUGAAAUAUUUCUAUGGCAGAGCACCCAAAAUGUUAAUGUGUAUCUUUUAAAGACUCAUCUAGCAAAUGUUUCUAUAAAAGCUAUGCGAACCCCACAACUAAUUAUCCAAUACUGACUUAUAGAACAUUUAUUUUGAAACGAUGAGGAAAGCAUAAACAAGAAACAGAAAUACAUCCACCCAAAAAUUCUUUUCAAUCCAGAGCAGCCCCAGUGAAGAGACCCAGCAUCACCAAGGGGAAGAGCGUGGAGGAGUAGCUGCCUGUGGUUCAAAUGCAAGACUCGAGGCUGAGCCCACACAGCCCUGAAGUCAGGCCGAGCCCAGGCCUCCACUCCCAUGCUGUCCUCCACACCACAGCAGGUUGGAAUUCUGACUCUGGGAGAAUAUGGGUGCUCUGGGGGCAGUGCCAACAACCUCCGGAAGAAGGCAGUGGUGUAAAAAGGAAGGAGUGUGCUGUCCUGCUCCCCAUGCCUGUUUUUCCUUCAAGGGAUUUGGGAAGUGCUUGUCACACUCUACCCAUCUCAAACGUUGCUAAAAGCAGAAAGAUGAGGUCUAACAACUAGAUCAUGAAGAGCCCCAAGCCCCUUCUGUGACGUUCAGAAAACAGACAGCUGCACACACCAGCACACCUGGGCACUCCUCCAGUCCCAGUCACCUGUGAGGCCCUGAAGCUCCCGACUUAAGCCAGGACAUGGUCUCCUGGAGGUGUACUCUGUACCAAGUGGAGAUGGUAUGCCGUACACCUAGGGUGGCAGGGCUCCUGCAGCACUCAGAAAUUAGCCCUCAGACUCCAAGGUCGAGAAGCCUCCCUUGAGCCCUCACACAUGGAGGAGACAAGACCUCAGCCAGCUUCCACAGCAGAGACCGGCAGGACGCACAGGGUGGACGUGAGGGAGCCCGCCCAUUCCACGCCUCCAGGUUAUGCUGUAUGGACUGUGUGAUGAAAACAAAAUGUCAAUCACUACUAAAGUGGAGUUUAGACCAUUUUAGUCUACACCGGGGUUGGCACUUUUUCUUAAAGGUUCACGCGGGUUUUUUUGGGCUUUGCAGGCCUCUGUGGCAACCACUCGGCUCAGCCAUGGGCACAAACAGCCACAUUGUGCAACUGGAUGGGCGUGGCUGUUCCAAUAAAAAUCUAUUUACAAAAGCAGGUGGUGGCCAGAUUGGCCCGUGAUCUGAGGUAACCUAGGCUGCAGACUCUGGAGGAAACCACGCCCUGGAUAAGUCACCACCAAAGCAAAAAAGACUCCACGGACACUCACAAGAAAGCUACCCAGACCCUCGCUCAAAAAGCCAGACCACACCCCAGCGGCCUCACUCAUUUAUAAAAACAUUCUUUACAGUUGUAUUUUAGGCCAUCUAUUUUUAUUAAAUUUUGUGUGCACAUGUCUGUGUAUUAUGCAGUUUGUCAUUUCCAAAGGAGGAACAGCCAUAAAGAAAUCUCUACUAGAAACCCAGCCUGGUCUUCAGAGAGCUGAGAGCAGACUGGUGAAGGGUGAACGGAGUGCGGAGUGACCGGGUCCACAAAUACACAUGGCUGACUUCCACUGAAGCACCAGGGUCUGUCCUGCCCACUCCACAUAAGCUCCAGCAGCACUAGUGACUGGUAAAACGGACAUUACUGAACAGCAGAUGCAACUUCCUGUACCAUGCCAGUGACCUCAUGGCCCUCAGCCACUAGGCAAAUGCAGAUUUUGGGGUUUUGGUUUUUUUGGGGUUUUUUUGGUUUUUUGAGACAGGGUCUUGCUGUGUAAUUCAGGCUGGCCUUGAACUAUGUAGCCCAGGCUAGCCUUGAACUCAUGGCAAUCCUCCUGCCUCAGCUUCCUGUGUGCUGGGAUUACCGGCAUAUGCCAUCACACCUGGCUUUAAUUUUUAGCUUAGAAGCCACUAUAUCUGAGCAAAAGACAGCUACUGGGUGCUGUGCGGUGUGGUCAUGCGAUCAACCCAUUCUGAUGUUUCACAAACAAAGGGUCCGAUGCUGAGGUUAUCACCAUCAUCUGGUCAAAGGAGCCACCACUGCUGUUCUCACAUGUCCUUCCUAAGACUGAUGUCCUCUCUGAAAACACUCAAAGUUCAGCCAGACAAAUGAGUCAAAAGAGAAUCCAAAAACUAUCAAGAUAUAAAGAUUUGCUUUUGUGCCAAAACAAAAGAAGCCAUCAUGAGUCAUGGAGUUUACCAUUCACUAAUCAAAAUGGGAUGAGCUGACCAUCUAACCAAGCUCAGGUUUAAGGGCCUACUCAGUCCUGCUCCCCAAGAACAACACCGAAGGUUCAGGGAGAUGACAGUUACUUGGAUGCCUCAAAGUGGAGGAGAAAGCAGGAACACAGGUACAGAGUGGGCAUCUGCAUCGUCUAUUUUGCCCCUAGCCAGAAACAACCAGACGGACACUCUCCCCUCCCCCAUCGACUGGGGGCUGCCAGGUGUAAACAGGAUGCUGUUGCUGUACCUUGCCCCCAUGGAGAGCCCAAAGGCAGGGGCCCCAAGUCUGCCAGCCUCCUGCAGUGCUGGCAAACUGCUGCCACCACGACUCACUCACAGGGGCGUCACAGAGCUACUGCUUCUCUUUGCAGUCCUGCUCCAACGUGAGCCUGCAAGAGUGCAGAAUCCUCACAACAAAACACAGCUCAGAUCUGCCAAGAUCUGAUUUUUAAAUAGAAAUAAACACAAUUCUUGAGAAUCCAUUAACAACCCAUGGGAAGCGGUCCCUGGACCAGGCCUUAGAGUGGGCUCACAGCUUUGGCACCAUUUGGGGAUGGAUCACCCUUUGUCGUGGGCCCACCCUGUACAUUGUAGGGUAUUUUGUAGGAUCCCUGGCCACUACCCACUAUAUCCUAGUAGCACUCCACCCAAGGGUCAAAGCUGUCUCCAGGUAAGAGCUGUGGCUUUACAAGAUUCUUACGUGGUCUAUGUGGGAAGAACAAGGCCAAGCAUCAGCGGAGUUUCAGGUGGCUGUUAAAAUGCCACCAAGUAGACUCAAAUUUUGGUUACCAAAGAUGCUUUCUGUAGCACCAGUUCUGUGCAGCUCCCCAAGGAAGGGGAAUGUUCUAGGAGCCACCAGUCCUCAGGCUAAGCACUCUGCCAUCAAAGCCAGGCCUAAGCACAGCCCCGAGCACAGCACAGCCCAUCCCCAUUCCCACCAUCCCACACCACCCCGUGAGCCUACCACUCUCCCCAGUGUGAGGCCCACACUGGGUGUCUGGAGAGCUCCCUGGAAUGAACUCACCAUCAGUCCUGGGCCUGUGCUCUUGUCUGGUCCUCAGUGGCCCAUCCAUCACACGAUAGGGGACGACUGAAGAAGAAAACUCUCCAACCCCUCCAGCCCUGGCACUCUCCAAGCCAGCACAAUCUGGCAGCACAGGCCAUGCGCCAUAGACACCAGGCCUGUGAGUGACCGGUGCCCAGGGACAGACAGGGAAGUCAGCUUGCCUGAGCAGGAAAGGCCAGUUCUUCCCAGAUUCGGUGUCUGUGCUUUACUGGCUUGAAGAAGCUGUGCAAAACUAAACACACAUCUCUAAUCAACUAACUGCCUUUUACUCUGUACACUGAAUGCAAUUAGGAAGGAAAUAAAUAUUUUGGAUUUAAAACAGGUAUUUUUGUUGGAAACCUACUUGUUUUCAUAAAAUAAAGUGCUAUCCUGUACUAAAAUCUCA